AAUUUAAAAAAAAAAAAAAAAAAAAAAAAAAGAAAAAGGAACAAUAAAAAAAAAAGUAGAAUCGAAUUAAAUGCUGCGAGCGCAAACAUUGUCAAUGAGAUUUAACGUAAAUGAUUAGAGCGCGGUGUCGAAGAAACGGGUUGAAGGCGCGGGUUUAUAAAAAAAGAGAUCACAAAUGAAAAGACAUUUGUUCUAUAAUGUAGCAUUACGGUAGCAUAUGCAAGCGCAUUAAGAUUCAAUUAAUUCAGAGAAACGAAUGAACAUUGCGCCGAGACAUAGAUAAGUUAUAUGGUAGCUAGUUUUGAACGAAUGGCAGUAUGAAUAUUCUGUACUCUGCACGUAUGUGUCGUAAAUGCAUGCCUGUAAAGAGACAGAGGGAGCCCAAUGAUCAAUUCAUUUAUUUAUCUUAUUUAGAGAUGAAAUGAUAUCUGCAUUUAAACAUCGAAUAUGUCAGGUGUGUAUCAAAAAAGAAUUGGAAAAAAAAAAAGAAGGAAAAGGAUUUCAUUCUCAGUGUUACAAUGCAAAUUUUUAGACAUUCUUUGGAGGUUUGUAUUUUCUUAUAUAAUCUUUUAAUUGUAUUUACAUUUUUUCUGAAAGAUAAAUUUUUAAACACGAUUUUACACACGAUACAGACACGUGAGAGAAAUAUAUUCGAUGUUGACUAGAAAUGCGUUUCCACUACUUUCAUCUGAAAUCAGUAUGCUUCCAGAAUCGAUUUUUAAUUUUAAACUCCUCAUUUCUGUUCCUCCCUUCUUUCAUGAUCAGUGAAAUAUUGUCAGUCAUCUUGCGAGCGAACGAUAAAGAGUACAUGAUAUUAUUAACAAUAAAAUUAUGAAUUUGCAUAAUAAAAUUACCAAUAUUGAAUCUACAAUUAUAAAUAUGUAUAUACUUUUUUUUUCUACUGCAUGCUCGUCUUGUACACGUGUAGCACGUGAUUUAGUAAACGAACUUUGGAAUGAACGUAAUAAUUCUGCACGUUUAUAGUUUAUUUCGGGAAUAAUUAUUAUACUAAUAUUACGUGUAGCAAUAAAUUCAAGACAGUUGCUAGUUUACAAAAACGUAAAUAUAUUUUUAAAUGAUCAAAUAAUUUUAAUGCGCUGAUAUUAUAUUGAUAUGCGAUAAGUUUUUAAUUGCUCAGAUAGAAUUUUCGCGAUACGUAACGAUGUAAAUUUAUAAUGUUAUUUUCAGAUCACGAUAUGUGCUGAAAAAGUAAUGUAGCGCCAUCUGAUCAAAUCGUUCAAAUUCUUUGUGCAUGUUUCUUUGUAACCUCCAAAGUAUACGCGACAGCGCUUUACGUUGGGGAAAAUUACGCGUAUUUUAAACACGUAGUUUAGUCUAAAUCCCGUCGCUGUCAGGUUAACGCGUUUUGGUUAUUAUUAACGUGAAUAAAUAAACACAAAAUAAGUUUUACAAGCAGAAGUGAGUAGGAAGAAGAAAAACAUCUUUGACAGAAAUCCGGAGACCAAAAAUUUGUGUUUGCCUGGUGUUAGCAUAUUCUCGUGCGAUGGUAAAAUCUCAUGUUUUUGUAAUAUCUGCAAACGAUUCAAAUCACUUUGUAACUAAAUAGGGAACCGAAUCAACGAAUUUUUAUAUAUUAUGAUAUUAAAACAGGAUCAAGUAUGAUACGUUGAUUCUAUAAAAAUUUGAAUUUCUGCUACAUCCUCGGCAUCAAAAUUACUCCGUUUUCUUCGUUGAAUACUGGAAAAAUUACAAUUCACGAUUAUUGAAAACACAUCUCUUAUUUUCGUCGAUUUUUGAUGAUAAAAAUUAUUCCAGUUAUUCGUUAAGACAAGCGUAUUUCGAAAAUAUGAGAAUCAGAAACUUUAUAAUUCUGGAGAUAUUGAACAAACGAAAUUAAAUAACAUUGCACUGGAGAAACUGUUCUCGCACUUUCUAAGAAUAAAGUAUCAUUGAAAUCUGUAUUACAAAAGCAAAAAUUUGAGAAACAAUGGAUACAUCUAUGAAGGAAAAGUUACUCACUUUUGCAGACGUUAUAAUUAGAGUUCCACCUUUAUUCAUCAUAGACGAAUUACUUAGAAUUGGACUUGGAUUAUCUACUGACAAUGUCGUGCUUCAUAACAGUGAACAUAGUUUUAAAAUAUCAAAAGUUUCAGAUAGUUUUGUGAAUUCAAUAAUACCUACGUCGUUGCUAAAUCCAUUCGACUUUGAGUAUCUUGCUUACAAACUGCAUUUUGCAAUUGUACUAAAAUUUCUGUGCUGUUGUUUAGGAUAUCUUGCUGCAAUAUGUACAUUUAUGUUAUGGACAAAACAUCUAAUUAUUGUAUACCUAUACUUAAUAUCAGUAGGGGUAAUAUUUAUUUCCUAUUGGUCAAAUAUUAGUACGAUGAAAGCUAUCAUUACAUAUGUGAGCACACAUGAAUCAACAACUAGCAUACUUGAUGAUAUUUUAUAUCUUAACUUAAAAUACGUUUUGAAUGAAGGACCAGGGUUUCUGAUAAUUCAGAAUUACAUAUUACAAUGCUUAUUAGCUAGUAUUUUUUAUUAUAUUCAUCUUGCACCAAAACAUCCAGUUCUACAAAAAUUUCUCGUACUGAGUUUUAUGACACCAUCGAUCGUUGGCAUUUGUCCGCUUCCGACGCAAGUUCUCAACCAUGUGCCAGUGUUCGCAGCGCUUCUUCCGUUAGCUGUAUGUAAAUUUGUUAUUUGGUACCACGGCAUCACCGUGCUAAACACACUCUAUAUGGGUUAUCAACAUGCGCGUAAUUUCAUAAGCAACUACGGUUUGUCCGCUCUCGCCGAAACCGAAUGGAUACGGUUGAACGUUCCGUGUGUAUUACGCAUGUUCUGGAUGCUACGUGUCGGAGCACAAGUGUUUCAGAUUCUUGGAAAUCAUUACGGCGAGGAGACGUUCACUUAUUACAUAAUGCUUAGAAGUUUGUUAGUAAACGGCUGCGAGACCUUGACAGCAGUCUUGGGAAUGACUAGCAUAAUUUCGUUUAUUUGCGACUAUAUCGGCUGUUUCUUUCAAUGGGUGUUACUCACGGAAGACGAAGACGAGAAGAGUAUUGGUACCGUGUCCGCGAUUUUAUUUUACGUGCUGGCCCUGCAAACCGGAUUAACGAGCUUAGACAGAGAGAAACGUUUGAUCAGGCUAUGCCGAAACUUUUGCUUAUUGUUCACGGCGGUUCUACAUUUCGUGCAUAACAUCGUAAAUCCAUUAUUGAUGUCGCUCAGUGCUUCUCAUAAUCCAGCGCUUCAUCGACAUAUUCGCGCUCUGGCGGUUUGCGUAUUUUUGAUACUGUUCCCGAUGUCGUUGCUGGUAUUCCUUUGGACGCAUUACAGUGUAAGCACUUGGUUACUGGCAGUAUCAGUAUUUAGUAUCGAGGUGAUAGUAAAGGUACUUGUCUCGCUCGCAAUCUAUUCCCUGUUUCUGAUCGAUGCUUACCGCAGCGUGUUCUGGGAACAGCUCGACGACUGCGUGUACAUAAUACGAUCCUUUGGCAAUACCAUCGAAUUUGCGUUCGGUAUUAUCCUAUUCUUCAACGGGUUCUGGAUUUUAGUGUUCGAAUCUGGCGGAGCGAUACGCGCCGUCAUGAUAUGCAUUCAUGCUUACUUUAAUAUAUGGCAAGAAGCAAGAAGCGGAUGGAGCGUGUUCAUGAAGCGUCGAUCGGCUGUUAACAAGAUCAAUUCCCUUCCGGAAGCAAAGGCAGAACAACUUCGAACGUUAGACGAUGUGUGUGCUAUUUGCUAUCAGGAGAUGCAUAGUGCCAAGAUCACACACUGCAAUCAUUACUUCCAUAGUGUCUGCUUGCGAAAAUGGUUGUACGUUCAGGAUAGCUGUCCCCUUUGCCAUGAGAUAUUGUACAGAGUCGAAAAUUCGCAGAACAAUAGAGACAACGACAACGAUACCGAUACCGAGGAAGAUGCACAACCGAACACCGAACAUAACCGAGUGAACGAAGACAGGUGAAAAGACGCAUAAAUCGUCACGCAAAUCAACUGAUAAACUGUUACGAAUUUAAAAUAUAAAAUCGUAAGAUAUCGAUCUGUGAGGGAAUCUUGCCUAAAAAAAAAAAAAAAAAAAUUUCGUUUCUUGUGACUCGCUCGAAUUUCAAUGUUCUCGUACGAGAUACUUUAAAUGUUUUUCUAUAAAAUUAAAGCUCGUUGGAGAUGAUAGGAAAUUUGAUCGUAAGGAUAGCUUCCAGCUACAUUAUUUUGCAAGCAUUGAUGCAAUAAAACAAAUACGAAUCGUCGAGAAAUAUUGAGAACAAUAAAAUUUAUAAUUAAAUAAUAAAAUAUUCGAAAAACAAAAAUUUUGAAAGAUUUUUACGGAAGGAUUUCGAUAUCCUUUUAUAAAAAGUUCUUUAAAUUUUUGUUUGUUUCGUAAUAUGAUUUCAUUGUAAGUUUUAUGUUUUUCAAUAUUGAUGUUUACACAAUUUUUUCUUGAAGAUUCGUAUUUAUUGUUGCAUUUCAAUUUCAAUUGUAAGUUGUAAAAUUUCAAUUUUAAUUGUUGAAACGAUUAAUUGCCCGACUGUUGAAAAUACUGCGCAGUCAUAUUUUUUACAAAAGGCCACUGAUUUAGAACGAACAUUCUUGAGUAUGUGAUUUUCUUUUGUACUUUUUCAGCAAUGUUCAAGCUUCCGCGCACCCUUUCUGCGUAUUCUUCCAUUUUGUAACAUUCUAUUACUCUAUAACGGACGUCGAUAUAUUCCAUUGGUUUAAAUUACAAAGUUCGUAUCGCCUGUCCAUUAACGUCCAUGUCCUUAGAUAUACGAUUAGCCCAACUAAUGCCAAUUUUAUUCAAAACGCGAAAUACUUUACUUUAAGCCUCUAUUAAUAAAAGAUGAUAAUAUAAUCAUAAAAUCAUUGUAGAUAAACAUACGUAUACAAUUAUACAAGUACAUGGGAUUCCAGAUACAUAUUACAAGCUAUACGAAGGAACCGUCAGCUUAUUUAUUGCGUUGUCGCAAUAACGAGAUCACGAGAUUGACGAUUCUUGACUUUUUCUGAAAUCGAUAGAGGAAAGCAACACAACUCGACAUUUCGUAGAAUCGUAUUAGCCCCCAGAGAUCAGUUGUGUUACGAACAAUUUACGUGUAACGAAAUAUAUCAUGUGUAAUUUUCUAUCUCAAAACGCGAACGAAAGGAAACAAUCACAUUGGUCAAACGAUAUGAUUUGUUCACAUUUCUUGUUGUUUCAAUUCGAAUUUACAAGCCUCUGUGAUAGUUAGACGACAAGCGAAA